AUGGGAAUAUUAUAUGAUAGGUCAUUAGAGUUGUUAAACGCUGUGUUGUACGCAAUGCUACAAGUAAUUCUGGUGACAUCUGCUGUGUUUGCGGUAUUCGCCUCGGAAAGGAUAAACACAACUCAGAGUCAAGUAAGUCUGGUGCGCCCUGAGCGUGUUUCGCUCUUUCAUAAACUAGAAAUUGUGCGUACACUGGACAUUAACAGCUUCAAGUCCAUGCUUAAUGAUACGCAUACCGUUUGGCUCGUGAACUUUUACUCCCCAUGGUGUCCUCACUGUCUUCAGUUUGCUACUGAAUGGGAAGAUGUGGCAAAAAUUUACGCCAAGGUAGAAUCCAUCCAACUAGGCGCCGUGGACUGCACAACACAGAACGAGAUUUGCGACCGUGAGGGCGUUUACUCGUAUCCUGGCAUCAAAAUGUACCAUGUGCCACCAAAAAGUAAGGCAGCCAUUGAUAUGUCCCAUGAUGAUAACGUCUAUGCCCGACAUGUUGCCAAGUGGAUCGAGGAGACACUAAAGGAAAACGGAAUGGGGCCAAUUAUCAAUGUAGGCGGGAUAAACUCGAGCACCUCAAAGCAUCGCGGUCUGAUAAAAUUAUAUAAAUUUGGAGACCCAGUAGAGCCACUUUACAAUGAAAAGGCUAUGGACACUCGUAUUAAAAGACUGAAGGAUGCAGGAAGUACGGUGUUGCUAACGCUUGAGGACGGUUUCUUUAUGGGCACGACAAUGUUGACAGGGGAACGAUAUGAGGCUGCGGUAACGUGGGUACAGACACUGGCAAUAGCUUUUCCGCUAAAAGAGAAUCGCGCUGCGUUUGCGCUGCUUUUGGAUUUGAUAAGACAGCAGCAGACAUGGAGUCAAAAAGACUGGAAUGCUGUGUUGUACAAGUGGAAAGACUCGGCUAAUGCGAUCAGUUAUCCUACGAAUUUAUUUGCCAGCAAGGAAAAUUUGAGCUUGUGCACAACAUUUACGUGCGGGCUGUGGACGCUGUUUCACAGUUUGACGGUCAAUGCUGAUCAGCUGCAGCCGAGCAAGGUCCUCAAAGCUAUUCGACUUGUUGUUGAGCAUUUUUUUGGCUGCGAAGAGUGCAGACGUCAUUUUUUGAAGGCAAGCCCCGAUAUUAUUGUUAAAACGCUGGCGCUUGCAGAUGACGAUGGCUCUCACGUCAGUCAACCGAGUUCUUGGGAAACCUAG